GGAGCAGGAGGGUUUUCCACUAAGUGACAGUGGUUGAGCACUGGUUCUACCCCCUCCUUCUUUGCACACCUGUAAACUCCUUUUGUCUGGACUGAAUAUUUAAAUUACAUCUCUGCUUCUAGAGUUCUUCUUGGAAAUCCCAGGAUAACAAGGAUACCAUUUGGGCUGGAUGAACUAAGAAGAUGAAGGCAACUAUUAUCCUUUUUGUACUUUUGCCACUUUGCAUUUCUAAACCCUUUCACCAGAGAGGCCUGUUUGACUUUAUGCUAGAGGAUGAUGCAUCUGGGGAUGGGUCAUCUCUAUGGCCUGAACCAUCUCUACCCACUGAUGGACCAACUGGACCUAUUGGUCCUAUUUGCCCAUUUCGCUGUCAGUGCCACCUGCGGGUUGUGCAGUGUUCUGAUAUAGGUUUGGAGCAAGUACCAAAGGAUAUACCCUCCGAUACCACUUUACUUGACUUACAGAACAACAAGAUCACUGAAAUCAAGGAGGGUGAUUUCAAGAAUCUAAAGAACCUUCAUGCUUUAAUUCUUGUUAAUAACAAAAUCAAGUCAAUCAGUCCCUCUGCUUUUGCUUCUCUUACAAAACUGGAAAGGCUUUACCUAUCAAAAAAUAACCUGAAAGACCUUCCAGCCAACAUGCCAAAGUCUCUCCAAGAACUUCGUGUUCAUGAAAAUUCAAUCACGAAACUGAAAAAAUCUGUGUUUGAUGGAUUAAAUAACAUGAUUGUUGUUGAACUGGGUACAAAUCCAAUAGAAAGUUCAGGAGUUGAAAAGGGAGCUUUCCAAGGAAUGAAAAAGCUGUCUUACCUUCGAAUUGCAGAUACUAAUAUAACCAGUAUUCCUAAAGGCCUUCCAGCUUCAUUAACUGAGCUUCACCUUGAUGGAAACAAAAUUGCUAAAGUUGACUCUGACAGUCUAAAUGGACUAAACAACCUUGCAAAGUUAGGUCUAAGUUAUAACAACAUCAUUACUCUUGAAAAUGGAACAGUAACAGGUGUGCCUCAUUUAAGGGAGCUUCACUUAGACCAUAAUUCCCUGACACAGGUGCCUGCUGGGCUUGGCGAACACAAGUACAUUCAGGUUGUGUACCUUCAUAACAAUAAAAUUUCUGCUGUCUCCACGAAUGAUUUCUGCCCACUUGGAUAUAACACAAAGAAGGCCUCAUACUCAGGCAUCAGCCUUUUUAGCAAUCCAGUGCAAUAUUGGGAAAUUCAGCCGGCCACAUUCAGAUGUGUAUAUGAACGAUCUGCUAUACAAAUUGGAAACUACAAGUAAAUCAUGGACGUGUUGCAAAUAAAGUCUUUUUUUUGUUUGUUUUCUCUUCUUUGUUUGUUUGUUUAAAUACAUUCUUAGUGAAUAAAAAUGUCCAAUACUGGAAAGUAUCCCAAAACAGAAUAGCCAGCUUACUAUCAUGAGACAGGAGUUUUCUGCAUUAUUUUGUUUUGAGUUGCAUAAUGAUGAAUAAUAAAGACAUUUAGCUGUGCUGUUCUGUUCCCUUAUUAAGUUUAUUGUAUACUGUUAGUAUUAUACCCACAGAAAAGUUGAUCCAAAUAAUCUGUACUUUUCAAAAAAAUAAAUUGUAGUAGUAUUGGAUAAUCAUUAGGCCAAACAAUGUUCGUCCAAAUCACAAAAACUUGUAACAUAUCUCUUAUACAAAUUACAUUUUAAUGAAUGGUAAUACUGAGUGGUACACACACACACACACAAUUUUCAGAAUAGGUUAUACCAGGAGUCCCCAACCUUUGAAACUCGCGAGCCACAUUCAAAUAAAAAAAGUGUUGGGAAACAAAACAAGUAUGAAAAAAGUUUCUGGGGGGUGCCAAAUAAGGGCUAUAAUUGACUAUUUGGUAGCCCUUAUGUGGACUGACAGAGGCUCUGUUUGACAGUACUCAUGCUUUUUAUGCAACCAAAACUUGCCUCCAAGCCAGGAAUUCAAAAAUAAGCACCUGCUUUGAUGCCACUGGGAGCAACAUCCAAGGGGUUGGUAAGCAACAUGUUGCAGGCGAGCCAGUGGUUGAGAUCAGUGGGUUAUACUAAUGGCUUAGUGUUUAUUGAUGGCACAGUUUAGUUUAUCCCUUUAAAGGAGCUCAAUAUAAACACACAAACACAACAUUACACUUAUUAACUGUUGUAUCCUUAUGGACACCAGUCUUGUUAUUUUGUAAUUCAAUAAUCAAUAAAAAAGUGUGAGUUGAUUUUAAAAUCUGCUAGUAAAAUGUUAAUGGAAAAUGCGAUUAGUGAAAUAGAUGUGAGAAGAAAAAUGUGUCUACCUGCUAUCUCUAAGGAGUAAUGCCCACAUACAAUUUUGUGGUAAACAAAACCACCACUUUUACAUUAAGUUAAAUUUGUUGUUGAUUCUUGAAUGAUUUUGAGAGGGGGACAUGUUUUCAAGUGCUUAAGUUAAAGAUGAUUUAUUAAGAAACAAGGUGGGUCAUUGCGGAAAAUUGUGUCUUGCUGUACUUUUACAAUGACCUGCAGAACAUUCUUUUCAUUAUGCAUUUAUUUCUAUAAUCAUUAUAAAUUAUAUUUUGGGUAAGUAAGCAUCUAUCAGUUCAAAUUUAUUGUUACCACUUCUAAAGGCACAGAUGGUAGAACUGAUCCUUAGAAUAUUUCAAUGAUAUAUUUACAAUAGGAAUGUAUAUUCUUAGUAGGGCACUUGGAAAACAUUGUACCUUUAAAUAGUGUCCAAUAGAUUUUCUUUUGAUAAAAAUAUUAUUGUGUUAAAGAUGGAGUUUGUAGAUGUCAAACUGUUUAUGAAUUGUUUUAUUAAAACAGAAAACAAUUAUUUUGUUGAUCAAAAAUAAAGAGAUUGAAUUACACAGCA